GAGUUGCCUUUGCAAGUGACCACAUAGAUCUGGCAAUGAACUUACUGAUAACAGUCACGCUUUUUGGGAUCUUACUGUUAUCAGUAUAUGUUUUCUCAAAAUUUCGGUAUACCUACUGGACCAGAAAGGGCCUGGCUCAGCUGGAGCCCACCUUUCCAUACGGAAAUGUAAAAACAAUAUUAACCGGCGAAUCUUCGUUGGCCGAUGGGUUUCUGGAAAUAUACCAGCAAUUGAAAAAACAAAAUCUGAAACAUGCCGGAAUAUACUGGUUCUUCAAACCCCAAUAUAUUCCUUUGGACCUGGGCAUCAUCAAGAAUAUAUUGCAGAACGAUUUCUGGAACUUUAUGGGACACGGUUUUUAUCACAAUCAACACGACAUCCUCACCAAGAACCUAUUUCGACUAGAAGGCGAUGAAUGGAGAAACUUAAGAUCAAAACUGACUUCUACAUUUACAUCGGCGAAAAUGAGGACAAUGUUCGAUAUUUUGAUGGAGAAAACUGACGAUUUAGUGCAACUUCUUGACGAAACGGUGAAAUCCCAUGAAAGUGUGAAAAUCGAAAACAUAGCUACAAGGUUUACCAUCGACGCAACUGUGAGCUGUACCUUUGGCAUGGAAUCUCAUUCGCUAAAGAAUGAGGAAUGUGAUUUCAAAAAAUACGGCGAUAAGUUUGUAGAACCAAACCUGGCAGCGCCGUGGUUAGAGAUGUUUGUUCCAUGGAAAGUUUUGCCUUAUACAGGAUACAAAAUAUUUGGCGAUCUAGAAGAUUUUCUUUACCGAUUGGUGCUAAAUAUAAUGGAUUACAGGAAAAAACAUAACAUUUACAGAAAAGAUUUUAUCCAGUUAUUAAUGGAAAUGGGAGAACUGCAAGAAUCAGAUAGCAAAGAGGGGGAGUGCCCUUUAAGCAAAGAAGAUAUUGUGGCACAGUGUUUUCUUUUUUUUACCGCUGGAUAUGAAACGUCCGCCUCCACCAUUACAUUUGCGAUGUACGAAAUAGCUCAGAAUCAAGAAGUCCAACAAAAAAUUCGAGACGAGAUCAACAAAGCGUUAGAGAAGUGCGACGGCAAAUUGACUUACAAAGUGGUCUCGGAAAUGACUUACUUGGAAAAAGUUGUUCAAGAAACACUAAGAAAAUAUCCCCCAGUUUCAACGUUGCCACGUUUAUGCUCUAAAACUUAUAAAGUACCCGAGACUGAUGUGGUCAUUGAUGAAGGAACUAUGGUUCAAAUCCCAAUUUUAGGGAUACAUAUGGAUCCAGACUACUAUCCUGAACCGGAAGUUUUUAAUCCUGAAAGAUUUAAUAAUGAAAACAAAGCGAAAAGGCCAAAGUUUACAUGGAUGCCUUUUGGGGAAGGUCCGAGAACGUGUCUGGGUUCAGGAUUUGGAAUGCUUCAGAGUAAGAUCGGAAUUAUGGGUUUGAUCAAAAAUUACAACUUUACCUUAAAUGAAAGGAGUCCGCGAUAUCCACUGGUUAUGAAGAAAGGUUUAUUUACUAGCCACUCCAGUCGCGACAUUUGGCUUGACAUAACUAAAACAAACCAGUAAAUAAAGGAAUCUGAUUCACAAUUUUGUUUAAUUGGAAUUCUUAACAAACAAAAAUCAGAAACUGUGAUAUUUAUUUAAUUACGCAAUAAAUUAAUUUGUUCGAAA